GCAGACUUUGGCCAUGUGAAGCAGAGACAGGUCUAUCAAACAGCGGAACUAACUUAGAAACACCAAAGUCUUUCAGAGUUUAAAUGGGUUUAGACAUAUUUGUGAGGGAUGUGGCUGUCUUUCACUGUGUAAAGAGUUAAGGAACAGACAAAAACAGGUAAUGAAGUAGUCACUGGUUAUUUGAACGCUUGGUCCUGAACUGCGGAGCCGGGACAGCUGAUUCCCGUCAGUAUUUUUAUCUGUGCCAACGGAGCCAUCGCUGCUGUUGAAUUUAUUAGCACUUUCUUCCCGCGAGUAUCUUACGGCUGGUUUCGUCAGAACCGGUGGAAAUAUGUUGCAGAAUGGAAAUGAAAAACAGAAGCCUUCACAAGAAGCAAAAGCCGAGACUCAAGCGGACUGUAAAGAAGACAGCUCUAAAGAGCAGCCAGCAGAACAGAACAGAAGAGACGCGGCGAACGCGGAGGGCGCGCACUUCCCGAUGCCCGCUCAUCCCAAAGUGGAAAUAAAGCGCAACGCGGUCACGGACGAUUACACUUUGUCCACUCAUGUCCUGGGCCUGGGCAUCAACGGGAAGGUCCUGGAGUGUUACAACAAGAAAACAGGACAGAAGUGCGCACUGAAAAUUUUAUAUGAUAGCCCCAAAGCCAGGCGUGAGGUGGAGCUUCACUGCCGAGUGUCAGGAGGUCCAUACAUUGUGCGCAUCCUGGGUCUGUACGAAAACAUGCACCAUGGGAAGAAGUGCCUGCUCAUCAUCAUGGAGUGUAUGGAAGGGGGAGAGCUGUUCACUAGAAUCCAGGCCAGAGGAGACCAGGCCUUCACAGAGAAAGAGGCAUCUGAAAUCAUGAGGGACAUUGGCACAGCAAUCAACUAUUUACACGGCAUUAACAUUGCUCAUAGGGACAUCAAACCAGAAAAUCUCUUAUACACACGUAAGGAAAAGGAUGGAGUUCUAAAACUAACCGACUUUGGGUUUGCUAAAGAAACAACACUACACAAUCCCCUACAGACGCCAUGUUAUACGCCGUACUAUGUCGCUCCAGAGGUUUUAGGUCCAGAGAAGUAUGACAAAUCCUGUGACAUGUGGUCAUUGGGCGUCAUUAUGUACAUCCUUCUCUGUGGCUUCCCACCAUUUUACUCCAACACAGGCCAAGCGAUUUCUCCUGGGAUGAAGAGACGCAUCAGGAUGGGCCAGUAUGAGUUUCCAAACCCAGAGUGGGCCGAGGUGUCCCAAGAGGCAAAAGACUUGAUCAACCAGCUUCUGAAAACCGACCCCAAUGAGAGAAUGACCAUCACGCAGUUCAUGAACCAUCCUUGGAUCAAUCAGUCCAUGGUGGUCCCAUCCACUCCACUCCACACCACCAGAGUCCUGACUGAAGAGAAGGAGUUGUGGGAAGACGUUAAGGAGGAAAUGACCAGUGCUUUGGCGACAAUGCGUGUGGACUAUGACCAGGUGAAAAUUAAGGAUUUGGAUACAUCAAGCAACCCACUGUUAAACAAGAGGCGUAAAAAAGCAGCUGCAGGUGGAAAGGGCGGCUCCACUGUUUGUCAGAGUCAAUAGACAAAAUUGUGUGAACCUAAAGCCCUGCUGCAGAGGAUUCAAUGGACAUGUGUGUAGUGUAGGCUUUAAUUGAAUAAUAUGAAUUUACAAUAUUUUUAUGUAUAUUUUAUGUAUUUUAAUUUCUUGCUGUUUGUACGUUGUAUGCGUGUUGUUUGGGUGUUGUGAUACUGUGUCGAGUACAAAGGCUGUGUGAAGUUAUUUUGUAUCCAUAUAUUGUGUAAAUUUGACACAGGCAAAAAUGUGGACUUUGAAAAACUGAUUGUAUUGUCUUAAUAUUUUCUGUUGAUUGCCUUUAUCAUUAAACUUGCGUCAAGUUAA